CCGUGCCCGCAGACGUACCGAGACCCCCUUCGAGCCCCACUCCUUCCUUCCUGUAUCCGGUAUGUCGCGCUCGAAGGAUCGCGCACCCGCAGGCUCUGGUGGUAGAACUACCUCGGUUUCAGUGGUGCAUUGGCUUUUCACGAGUGUCCGAGUUUCCAGUGCCCGGUAUUCUGCUGGUGGUCAGUUUAUUCCGUAGCAAAAAAAAAAAAAAAGAAAAAACUGCAAAACUUUGCACCUGACCGUCACGUGUACAUAUAGAGUUCAUUGGUCCUACUUACAAGCUCUCCGAUUAUCCUUCCAUACGAAUCGGUCGAUGAGAUAAAAGAUGUGCGUUUGAAUUUGAAGGUCAAAUCCCCGUCCGUAUCACAGACAAUGGGUAUCGUUGAGGAUAACUCGAAACCCUAGUCAUUGGACUUUCGGACCAGAGAAAUUUUCCGCAAAUUCAAAGUUCGCGGUAUAAAAAUCAACGGUGCGGGAAUUAUGAUCAUUGGAUAUAUUUGAAAAUUGCUCUCGCCGCGCCCGCACGAUGAAGACAAAAUCUCUAAGCGCGUCCCGGGCAUUUUUGUGCUGCUCGAAUAUUAUAUUCUUGAUUUCAGGAUUCGUUCUUAUUUCUCUGGGAGCACUUUUGCUCGCGGAUGGCGAACGAGUUCUGCUAUCUCGUCUGCUCGGUCCAGGCGACACCACCCCUGAACAGCCGCUUUUUUACUAUCUCGCUUUCGCCAUCGUAGCGGUGGGAUUUUUGAUGGCCGCAACUGGUCUUCUGGGAUGCUGGGUAUCUUGCCUGUACAAUCACUGCAUUACCGCAACUUAUGUGGUCCUGAUAAUUUUGCUCCUACUCGGAGAAUGCACCGUCUGCGUUCUGGCCGUAUUCUGGCCUCACGUUCUCGGUGUGGAUGUCAGGACGACACGUCUCGUACGUGCACUUCAACGGAGUUACGCGGUACCCGGAAAAGAACAAUUCACAGCUGCCCUGGAUCUGGCGCAAACUUCGUUCUCCUGUUGCGGCAUCAACGGGAGCAGUAACUACGGUACUUCUUGGUGGCGUCUGCAAGAAGUUGGUCGUCGCGACUUGGUCGUUCCUCUAAGUUGUUGCACGUUGAACAACACGUUGCAAUUCGACUCAUUUUUGAAUCCUGAACCGACUAAUUUGACUCUGUGCCAAACUUUGAAUCCUGCCGAACAUCAGCACGCGCGGCACACCCAGGGAUGCAUCGGGCUGAUUGAAAAAUGGACUCAGGAUCAAGCGCUCAUUUUACUUGGAGUCGGACUGGCGGUAGUACUCGUAGAAUUGUGCGCCUUGCUCAGCACUCUUCUCGCCUGUUCCAAACUUCAGAAAGAAAAUCAGCCCCAACCAUCGACCUUCACUUCUACCCAGACUCUAGGGCCAUUCAACGAAGCUGAUCACGACUAUGGAAUCGAGAACAGGAUGCACAUGACGGGGACGACUUUUGGUGCGAAAUCAUGAAGGCGGCUAGGGGACAGCGAGACGCACGGGAAGUACAGAACGGAGGGGGUGCAAACGGAUCCAGAGGAGAACGUGAUUGGUAACAAAAA